GAUAAACCCCUCAACGGGAAAUAUCUCUUGCACAAUCUUACCCAAAAUAAAAUAUCAUUUAUAUUCAUUUCUACAGUGAGCUCGGAGGAAAAGUGGCGGGGAAAAAAAAAGAAAGAAGAAAGAAAGAGAGGCGAUAUCUUAUCCAAAACCAAAACCUUUGGUAGCAAUUCAAAUCGACAAUGCCUAUUGCUACUAGCGGCUUUUCUUCUUCUUUCAUUCUACGCUUGUCGCCUUGGCCUUCACCCGCUGUCACGUCACAAACACAAACACAAAGAGUACUAAUACACCACCCAAUUUUAUCAUCAUCACCAUCUAUGGCUCCGGAUAACAACAACAAAAACAAGAAGAAGAAGACAAGUAAGUACGGAAGCUCCAGGAAGUCAGUAUUGAGAAAAACAUUGAAACAGGAACAAGUGAACUUCAAUGGCCCCAUUUCUGAUGACCCCGUUGUUGCCAUUAUUGGCGGUGGUAUGUCUGGUCUUCUAUGCGCUCUUCAGCUUCAAAAACGAGGACUUCGAUCCACUGUUUUUGAUACUGGAAUUCAUGGCCUUGGGGGAAGAAUGGGCACCAGAAUGAUUGAGCCGUCAAUUAUAUUUGACCAUGCAGCUCAAUUCUUCACAGUAAGUAACCCUCUCUUUGCUGAGUUAGUUGAUGAAUGGUCCCAGAAAGGUUUCGUUCGGCAGUCACUAGGUGUCAUUGGAGAGCUUGAAGCUGGUGGUGAUUUUUCCCCAUUUCCUUCUUCGCCUCCUAGAUAUAUAGCUAACAAUGGAAUGCGUUCACUUGCAGAUUCACUACUUUGUGAGAGUUCCAUGAUUGAGGUGGUACGACCUUGCUGGAUAAGUUCUCUUGAACCAUACAACGGGAUGUGGCACUUGAGUGAGAAUGGAAAACAUCGUGGACAUUUCGAUGCAAUUGUUAUUGCACAUAAUGGAAAAUGUGCUAACCGGUUACUUUCUUCAUCGGGAUUACCACUUAUUGCAAGACAGAUGAAGAGAUUAGAACUUAGCUCUAUAUGGGCUCUUCUUGCUGCAUUUGAGGAUCCUCUCCCUUUGCCGCCGAAAGCAGCUUCCAUUCCAUUUGAAGGAGCUUUUGUGAAUGGGAUAGAGUCUGUAUCCUGGAUGGGAAACAACACACAAAAACUAUAUGGCUCUCAUAAUGGAGGACCUCAUUGCUGGACGGUGUUCAGCACAGCUUCCUUUGGAAAGCGACAUAAAGUUCCACAGGAGAAUAUUCCUAGCGCCACUGCAGAGAAGGUGAAAGAAUUGAUGCUUGCAGGUGUUGAGACUGCCCUUGGAUUGCCGACUGCCUCACUUAAGAGACCAAUUUAUACCCGGGUACAACUGUGGGGUGCAGCGCUUCCUACAAAUACUCCAGGUAUUCCUUGCAUCUUUGAUCCUCUUGGAAGAGCUGGCAUCUGUGGCGAUUGGCUACUUGGUUCCAGUUUAGAGGCUGCAGCUAUUAGUGGAGUAUCCCUAGCAAAUCAUACUGCAGAUUAUCUAAAAAGUGGUGGAUCACGGCCAGAUGAGUUUGCUGUCGGCUUACACAAUGAUUUCCGACCGCUAGAAGGAUAUGAUAUCGGGCAAUUCCCGGGAAUAAAGUCCAAUAGCGCUAUAUGUGACGUUGAGGUUCAACUUGGAUAUUGAAUAAUCAUGUUUCCUUGCAGUGUCUAUAGUCUAUCAGCAUCUCUUCUUAUUGUGAUGUCAAGAAGCCUUUUAUGGUGACUUUUCAGGUCUAUAUAUGAUGGAAUAGAUCAUAAUAUAGGCCAGAGUUUUGAUACCCUGGAUGCCAAGUCAACCAUACAUGGUGUGGGUCUGUGGGAACAUGAAAGCAUUUCUUUGAGGAUUAAGGUGACUCUAUAGUCGAAAGCUGUUGCUGGGAAAUUAGUAGUUUGUGUUCUAUAGCUUGUUUACAAACCCUUCGUUGUAGUCAAGGGAGAUUAGAGCUUUUGUAAUCUAAUAGUCAUAGUACAUCAUCAGACAUGCAUAAUUGCAUAUAUAACUAAUAUUUUCUAGUGAAUUUUGAGGUAUAGAUGUGUAUAGUUGAAUGGA